AUGGCCCCUGCAAUCCGAUCUAAGCGAGGGGCCAUUUGAUAGGGCUUUUUGAAUACAAUUGGAAAGAGCGCCUUCAACGGAGCAAAAUAAGGGGUUUUCAAGAUAUUGCCAUAGAGAGAAAACGAGACCCCAGCGUUCAAGCUCCAGGAUGCCCGGGUGCCCCUUUCAUCCGUGGGUGGAGUGCUUCUUCGAGUUAGGCCCUGGUAACGCUUUUCGCCCAAGCACAGCAUGACGCGGCGCAACUUAGCUGUUGAACCUGAGCAGCAGCAGCAGCAGCAGGGCCAACCUGUCAGCGCUUCGCCACAGCAGUUUCCCCGUCUACUACCCGCGUCCGCGCCACCCUAGGCGAUUGGCGGUCAACGCAUACCCCGAUACUCCCCUCGUGGAGGACUUCAGAGGAGGGGACACCCUGGCAAUUUUGCGCCAGAUGAAGGAGGUGCGUGAAAGCCAUCCUGGGCGCGUACGAGAAUUUGUGUUCGAUGCCGUCGUGGCGGCAGGAGCGGGCUCAUGCCUGCACGACGAUCCGCUAAAGGCUCUACCAGGAGGGUUGACGCGCGAUCAGGGCGUCGAAGCUGCGAAGGAACACCCUGGGCUCUGUGGAGUCUAUCUGGCUGGGGUUAGUUUCGACGAUGUGCUUGCUGCUGCGGAGAGGCGUGGCGUGAGCGUCACCUUCAACGUUCUUCUCAACCAGUGUUGCUUCGACGCCGCCAAAAAGCUUCGUGUGGGUGGCAUGGGCGUCCAACUCGCUCGGAAGGAGUGUUUCACUCAAGCGUUCAGGGCUGUUUUUCCCGGUAAUGGCACGCCAGACCAAUGGGUGGACGGCAUUCAGCACUGAAAGCGCGUGAUGGUCAGACGUCCUGAAGGCGAGAGGGAUGAUGGUGGAUGCCGCGGUUCGGAAUGUAGGAGAGAGCUGUGUGGCGCCUGCAGGGUUGAUGAUUGCCGUGCCUAGGAAUGUAGGAGGUCACCGUGCACCUGGAUUUUGCAUUUGCCUGGUAAGGGCCACCUCGCUUGUGUCCCGCGCCGCCGGGAGGGGGGGACGGGAGGGGGAGGGAGGUGUCUACUUCUGUUCGUGAUGCAUGAGGUAUUAGGAGGGCAAUAAUUCCAGGGAAAGAAGCAACGUACCUGGUGCAGCAGUACUUGUUCUGACCUCGACGUAAGCGAUUCCUCUAGGCGUGGCAUAUCAACAUGGGGUGGCGCGUGGGAAAGGAACGUUAUUGGAGUGUACAAGGAAGGGCCGAGAGUAAGCCGUUGUCAACGAGAGAGAGCAGCAUACGUUUUGCGUAAUGGUCCCUCUCCGACGACACAUCACAACGCCA